GUGCACCAACGCCCGGUUCACAGAGCUCGCGUGGACCAGCGCCACCACAUUGCGACAUCAUCGCCACGCCCACACGCGCUUGCUCCUCUUCCUCUCUCCUUCGCCGUCGGCGUCGCCUCGUCUCUGGCUCUGGUGGGGGGGGGGGGGCUUCCUGGAGGCUGCUCUCCUGGGGCCCCGAUGGCGGCGCGCGCGGGGAAGAAGCGGAGGCCGGAGGACGAGGCGGAGGAGAUGCACCUGGCGUUCCGGGGUGCCGCGAACGCGCUGUCGCAGGUGUACACGCAGGCUGUGGCGCACCAGAAGGCAUCCUUCCUCGCUGGCGAGCGCCGGACCAUGGAGAAUGUACAUCGAUGGUUGUCCAGUCAGCAUGAACAAGCUUCAGAGGUGUCUGUUGCGGAUGCGCUUGCAUACUUGCAGAAUGAGAUUGCACACCGAACAGAGGACACACCAGUACCUCUGCAGCAUCCAAGUCUGCACCCACCAUAUAAUUUUCCUUCUGCAAAUGUACAAAGCAACCCCUUCUCAUUUGGGAAUGUAGCUGCUGCACUUAACUCCCGGAUGGGAGAAACUGACCAAAGAAAUGCAAGCAUCUCAAAUGCUCUCCCCAACCCUUUAAGGACAAAUUUCCAGUCGAAUAAUUUGAUUCAGUCUUCAGGAUAUAGUCCCAUCAACUCAUUGCCCGAUGGAAACGGUGCUCGGAACAACUAUUCUCCCCAAAGUCAAGGCUGCAUGCAUUACAAUUCGUAUGAGCCCUCCAUGGAUAUGCAUCAUGAUGGCCCUUGAAGCCCCAUCGAUUGGUGAUAGAUGCAUUUCCCGUCUACGACUGGUUGCCAUCAGCUGUGUCUCAGUGCAAAACUCUGCAAUAUAGAGUUGUAGUCAUCGUCAGCCCUUCCUGACAGCAUAUACAUGACAGCCAGAAACAUUCUUCUGGGGGUCAAUAUGUUGAUCGCAAGAUUGGAAGCAGCAUACUGGUUUGUUGAACUGCUGCGUUUAUUUUCGGUUCAUUUCUUUGUUUACCAAGUGCAAAACCAUGCUCUGGCCAGCAAGGAGUUUGUGGUGGUAUAUAGAUGUUUAUGAUUUUACUGGUAUGUUCUAUGUGUAUCAAUAAAAGCUGUGUUUUCGCAGUAGCACUGUUUCAUCA